AUGACCUCUUUGAUUCUGUUGCUGCUGUACUGCCUGCUGCAGCAGCAGCGGCACUCGGACUGCGGCGUCUCGCUCAGGUCUCUGCGCAGCUCUUUCCAAACCCUCCUGGAUAUUCACAAGUUCAAGUUGACAGAAGGAGAUGCUUUUGCUGCAGCAGCAGCAGCAGCAGAGGCCCCCCAAGUGGGCAUAGAGGACCUCAAAUCCAUGAUAGACAGCCUGGCGAGCAUGCGCGUGGUGGAGGCAUUUCUGCAUUUGCCGCUCACAGAGCCGCCGCUGGCAGCAGCAGCAGCAGAAAAGAAGAGAAAGCCAGGUGUACAUACACCUGGGAGCAGCAGCAGAGCAGCAACUGUGGACCCCAUCAUUGACGAAGCAGGGGGAGACACAGAGGUCGCCAUCAUAGCGCCUAUCGACGACUUGGUAGCCGCGUUUCUGCGUGACGAGGACCUUGAGGGCCUCCCUUUCUAA